AUGACUAGAGAGUAUCUGAUUACUGUGUUUCAACAGACUAACCUAAUAAUAGAGAGUAAUCUGAUUACUGUGUUUUACACAGUUUUACCUGAUAACUUUAGGGUAUGAGUUAGAGAGAUCUUAAAUCGGCCCCCCACAUUUCGUACAGCUACGUAAAACAUACGGCAGGGGUUGCUUCAUUGAAAUUUUGUAGGAGGCGCUAGUGAGCCAUUUUUUCACAACCUUGCAGCGCAACCAUAUUAGACAACAAAGAACACCCCUUCUGACAUGCGUGCCAAGUUUUGUGAGGUACAUCCCUAGCCAUGUGAAGUCUUAAAAACCUCACUAUGGACAUUUUUGUCCUAAUGCGCUAUGUGGGGUAUAAAUAUAAAUGAGGCAUAAGAGGUAAAGUUUGAAACAUGUCCUUUCCUGAUUCCAGUAGUUGGCACUAUCACUGUGACCGGACAUUGACAUGUAAGUCUCUAAGCGGUUGACAUGUGAAGUUUGGGACAACUGUGACCGUGUCUAGGCCAUUUACAUGCCACUUUCUUUUUUAUGGCGAAACAUCAAAAUUCAACACCAUGCCAUGGACAUGCCGUUUGAGCUAUCAAAAAAAGCUUUGCAAUUUAACAUCGCAAGUCUCUUAAGAUGGCGCUCUCCACAUUUGAAGUCGAUCAGGUUAAAGCUCUAGGAGGAGUUUGUUAAAGUACGGAGAGUUUAAAAUGGAUAACAUUUCAAAAAUAAUUCAAAAUGGCCGACUUCCUGUUGGGUUUAGGGUAUGGCUCCAAAAGGCUUAUUUUUAAGUCUAGAGAUGAUACAUCAGUCUCCUGAGGUUCGUACAGCUAGUUAAAACAUACAGCAGGGGCUGCUUUGUUGAAAUUUUGUAGGGGGCGCUAUUGAGUUAAUUUUCCACAACCACGCCCCCAAACCAUAUCAGCUAAUACAAAGCAACCCUUCUGACGAACAUGCUAAGUCUCGUGAGAGUUCGACUAUCAUUCUUGUUCGAAACAUUACCAGUUUGAGUGUAGCUGCAAAGUUUUGUGGCUCUUUGAGCAUCCGAAGUGCCUCAAACAUCUGUUUAAAUAAUUGAAAAUGAUGCAGGAAGUGCAAAAUGGCUGACUUCCUGUUGAGGAAAAUCUCAUAACAGAAACAGAAAUGUGUUCUUUGUAAUAAAGGCAGUAAUCCCACCAAAUCUAGUCAAUCAAUAGUGUUUGUUUAGUGGCGCUAUUGAGCCCCCUGGCCACGCCCGACAGUCACUGCAGAACACUGGAUUUCCCACCAGAACUAAGCUGUGUGCAAAUUUUGUGAGGAUUCAAGUAUCCUAAGACCAUGAAAAAUUAGUAUCCCGGGGAGAAAAAAAAAUCAGAGCAAAAACAAUAGGUUCCUUGCACUUUCGUGCUCGGGCCCUAAUAAAAAUCAGAGCAAAAACAAUAGGUUCCUUGCACUUUCGUGCUCGGGCCCUAAUAAAAAUCAGAGCAAAAACAAUAGGUUCCUUGCACUUUGUGCUAGGACACUGUUUCUGCCAUGUUUCUGCCGUUGCACUUUCGUGCUCGGGCCCUAAUUAAUUGUAGGCCUGUAUUAAAGUAACAUAAGGCCACAACAAAACAUGAAACAAAUUGAAAUACAGUACACAGUCUGAUUAUAUAGUGAUUAUAGUGAUCAACCAGUAAAGCUCAGAUAAAAUGUUAAUUGGAAUUUUCAAAGGGUUAAUUUUAAAGUGCAAUAACUGCAAGAUCAAUCAAUCACAUAUCACCUUCUUUUAGAUCUUCAAGAACCUAAAAACUGGACUUUGGGAGACUUUGGGAGACUUAAAAACAUUAAGUGGCAGAAAGAGCUUAAAUUAGUUUUUCAUCUUUGGUGCAUAAGUUCCUGAAUAUGCAUGAGAUGUACAAAGCUAAUGCUGCUCUGAUGGAUUAAGGGCCAGUACACUAAUAUGCAACAAUUUAGAUCAACAGGUGUUACAACAAAUUCUAUGACUUAUCAGAUUCUGUGAUCUGAUUGAGCUAGAUUUUUUUAACUAUACUGCCACUUCGAAUGUUUUUAUUAGCAUAUACUGCAUUUUUACAGCUUUCACCAAAAUUUGUGUGAUGGGUCACAGAAUGAGGCGUAACACUAGUUUAAAUGUGCCUCAAAAAUCCCACAAGUGUCAUAUAUUAUUCGUUCCUGUCUUUCUGUGUUGUAAAACUAAUGUUUUUCCUCCAAGCUGGUCUUUUGGAGGGGUUUUCCCACGUGACUGUCACGCUUUUAAUUUGUCGUCACAUCCGCCGUAAACAACAAUAAGGAAGUCCCGAGGUGCAAAAUGGAGCAGUCACGCGAAAUAGAUUAGAAGUGUUUCUUAUUUUCAACGUGUGCAAAGCGGGCCUAUUAUACAGUAAUUUUCGUUCCUCACAAGCGACAGUGAGUCCAUCUUACGCCGUUCACGAACGUAACGCACAAGAUAGCUGCAAGGCUAAUGCUAGCAGUUUAGCCAAACAGCUAUCUAGUUAGCAAGCUAACGUUAUAUACUGUGUUGCGUUAACUUUUAGACUUUAAAACAAAUGUUUUAGCUGUUUACGUCGUGGUUUUAUUUCUUUACGUGUCUUCUUGUAGCUAAGUAAGCAAUGGAGGGCUCCAAGUCGUCGAGCACAACCAUGCAGGUCAGUUUCGUGUGUCAGCGGUGCUGUCAGCCACUCAAACUGGACACGUCCUUCAAUGUGCUCGAUCGGGUCACAAUCCAGGAACUUAUUGCUCCGUUGGUCACUGUGACCCCCAGUAAACAGGCCGACAGCACUGAGGCGGGGGCAGCACCAGAGGAGACCUUUGCAGAAAACAAGCAAGAUGGAGUGUCGAGAAAAUACAUCCCUCCUGCACGGAUGAUGUCCACAGAGAGUGCCAAUAGCUUCACACUGAUUGGAGAAGCAUCGGAUGGUGGCACUAUGGAAAAUCUUAGUCGUAGACUGAAGGUGACCAGCGACCUGUUUGACAUCAUGUCAGGCCAGACAGACGUGGACCAUCCGUUGUGCGAGGAAUGUACUGACACCCUGCUGGACCACCUGGACACGCAACUCAACAUCACAGAGAACGAAUGCCAGAAUUACAAACAGUGUCUGGAGCUGCUCUCACACCUGCAGGUGGAGGGAGAGGAGACCCUGCUGGCAGAGCUGCAGCACCUGAAGGAGGAGGAGGAGGCUCUGGUCCAGGAGCUUGAGACAGUGGAGGAGCAGAGGGCUGCUGUGGCCCAGGACCUGGACCAGAGCAGGAUCCACUCUCAACAGCUGGACACAGAGGAGCUACAGUACCAAAAGGAGUACAGUGAGUUUAAACGGCAACAGCUGGAGCUGGAUGAUGAGCUAAAGAGUGUUGACAACCAGAUGCGUUACUGCCAGAUUCAGCUAGAUCGCCUGAAAAAGACCAAUGUCUUCAAUGCCACAUUUCACAUCUGGCACAGUGGGCAGUUUGGUACCAUCAACAACUUCCGACUGGGUCGACUACCCAGCGUCCCGGUGGAGUGGAAUGAGAUCAACGCAGCCUGGGGGCAGACGGUGCUGCUGCUGCACGCUCUGGCCAACAAAAUGGGGCUGCGCUUCCAGAGAUAUCGUCUUGUCCCAUAUGGAAACCACUCAUACUUAGAGUCACUGACAGACAAGUCCAAGGAACUUCCUCUGUACUGCUCAGGUGGCCUGAGGUUCUUCUGGGACAAUAAAUUUGACCAUGCCAUGGUGGCCUUCCUGGAUUGUGUUCAGCAGUUCAAAGAGGAGGUGGAAAAAGGAGACACUGGCUUCUGCCUUCCAUACAGGAUGGAUGUGGAAAAAGGCAAGAUCGAGGACACAGGUGGCAGCGGUGGCUCCUACUCUAUCAAAACCCAGUUCAACUCUGAGGAGCAGUGGACCAAGGCGCUCAAGUUUAUGCUCACCAACCUGAAGUGGGGACUGGCCUGGGUCACCUCGCAGUUCUACAACCGAUAAACCUGCUGAACAAUGCCUUAUGAUACGGAGUUUUGCAUAGUCGUUUGCCCCUCUGAUAAAUGGAUUUCGUUUGAAUCUUACAUGGCCAAAGGAAAAGAAAUUGUUGUCUGCACCAUUUUGGAAGUAUUUUCAGUACAAAAAAAAGCAUUGAAAAAUGUUUAGAUCUUCAGUCCCCAUUGUCUGUUUUUACAUGUUACAAAGAAGGGAUCAUUUGUAUCUAUUUUGCUGUAAAGGGGGAAAUCAUUAAUGGUGGACCCACUGUGGAAGCACUGAAGACAGGUACAGGUUGUCGUCUAACCCUUAAAGCAGGCAGAAUAAAAUAAUUACAUGCUUAUUUUAUCACCUGCUUCACUAAUUGUCUGGCUUUUUCUGAAAAGCUUUCAGACGAGAAUGUAAUUUUAAAAAUAUCUUCAACCAAAUUCAGUUGUAACCACUUUAUGAAGUUCAAGGUAUCCUUGUGCUCUCAUCACACUGCACACCUUUGAAAUCACUGUAUAACAUUGCUUUUCAAUAUUCCAAUUACAGAGGCAGUAAGAAUAUGAUGUGAUAAUUAUGGUCAAGGUAGGAUUUUUAAUACAUUAACACGGUUUAGUAUUCAGAAGAGUGUCAGUAUUUCAUUAACCUUGAAUGCAGUUAUCACAUUUGCCAGUUACAUACACACUUUACAGGUAAACUGUUGUAUUUAGAGGUACACUGAUACAGAGCAUUUGUGUUUAUACUCUGCACUAUCACGUGAUUUUGUCCAUUUUAGAUAUGGAUACUUUUAAUGGUGGAGUUUGACUUAAACAUUUAAUGCUGUGAAAA